AGCCACUUAUAUUUUCCUCCGGACAAAACAGAAGUUACGGUCCAAUACAAUUCAUCAACAAAAAUAUGAUAUGAUGAGAGGUGUAGCAGCCUGAUGUAAGCGACAGAAGAGAAAAAUGGAUGGAUAUGAGUAGUUGGUCUGCUCAGGAUAGCGACACAACAAGUGGUCAAGUCUGCAAGUGCAACCAACCCGCCACAUGAAAUCUCGAAGCUCCUUGGAAUCUUCAAAAUCUCUUCUUGCUUUUCCCCGCCUUACAUCCCAAUUUCUUUUUAAAAAAAAAUAAAAUCAAGCAACCCACAAUAUAAUACCAGCUGAUCACUUCCCUAUUUUCUGCACAGUUUCUAAACAAUGGAUGCAAGAAAGGAGCCAAUGAUAAUAACAGAUAAAGAAAAUAUGAGGAAUUGGUCAAGAGCAAUCAGAUCUCAAGGAAAAACAAUUGCCCUUGUACCCACAAUGGGUUACCUUCAUCAAGGCCAUCUAUCACUUGUUAAAGAAGCACGUAGCCUUGCCAAUUUGAUAGUUGUUUCCAUCUAUGUAAACCCAGGUCAGUUUUCUCCUUCUGAGGAUCUUUCAACAUACCCAUCUGAUUUUCAUGGUGAUAUCCUCAAGCUUAUGUCCGUUCCUGGUGGUGUUGAUGUUGUGUUUCAUCCACACAAUCUUUAUGAUUAUUAUAAAAUUGAUGACGAUAAAAACAAGAAUGGUAAUAGUAAUUUUAGGGCUAGUGGAGAAAAGUGCAAGGAUUUAGAGGGUGAAAAGGUUGUGUCUUGUGUUGAGGAUAAGGGGAUGGGGCAUGAAACUUGGGUUAGAGUGGAAAGAUUGGAGAAAGGUAUGUGUGGAAAGAGUAGGCCUGUAUUUUUCAGAGGGGUUGCCACUAUUGUUACCAAGUUGCUUAAUAUAGUGGAGCCUGAUUUUGCCAUGUUCGGGAAGAAAGAUUACCAGCAGUGGAGAAUUAUUCAGCGAAUGGUUCGAGAUCUUGAUUUCUCCAUAAGAAUAGUAGGUUCUGAAAUAAUGCGUGAUAGUGAUGGUCUUGCAUUGAGUUCUCGCAAUGUGCACCUUUCUGCUGAAGACAGGGAAAAGGCUUUGUCUAUUAGCAGGUCGUUGUUGGAAGCUAAAUCAUGUGCAGAAAAAGGCCAAAUCAAUUGUAGAGAGUUAAGAGAUUUGGUCAUCCAAGCAAUAAAUGGAGCUGGAGGAAAAAUUGAUUAUGCUGAGGUGAUGUUAAGAACUUAAAUGUCAUGUCGUUCUUCUCAAAUUGUAUUACUUCUUGCCACCAGAUUGUAGACCAGGAAAGUCUGGAGGCCGUGGAAGAGAUAAAGAGUCCUGUUGUAUUCUGUGUUGCUGCCUGGUUUGGAAAGGUCAGACUGAUAGAUAAUGUUGAAAUCAACAUAUAAAUGAUUCUUUAAUGAUGCCAUUUGACCGCAUGGAGACUUCCCUGCAGCCAGCCCAGAAGUAACUAGAGAAAUCAUGUACACUGGCAAAUUAAUUAUUAACGACAGGUUAAAAGAAAAUCUGCAUAUAACCGUAUUGAAAACUGAGAUUCCAUUGUAUGUGGCCUGGCUUGUGUAUCGUAUUGCUGUUGGGUACUUGGACAAUAUUUAUUUACGUUAUAUAUGGAGGCAGCUUGGUCAUUAGGCAUCAUAA